GGCGCUGUUUCAAUUAUUGAUGGCGAUCAAACAUGGAAAGCUAAUAAAAUUGUAUUCAUACAAUAAAAUUUAUUAAUAAUAAUUAUGAAUUGUUAAAAUAAAUUUAACUACCUUCUAUUUAAAACCUGUAUAUACAUACAUAUUCUCCAUCAGUUACGAAUUUUAUGUACAAAGUUUAAAUGUAUGUACACGUGCGUACAUAACCUUCGUUAUAAUGACACAAUUGUAUAAAACAAAAAUAUUUAAGCAAUUUGUGCCAUUUAUGUUACUUGUUAUAGGAGGGUCGUUUUUAGUGAGAGAAUUCGCUAAAAUAAGAUACAAAUAUAGGAAGGUUACCACGUAUGAUUUAGCUAAAGAAGCCGAAGCGGUUGGUAUUAAAAUGAAGAAACCUGCUACCCUUGAAGAGGAAUAUGAGAAUACAAUGAAAAAAAUAGAUAUUGAUAACUGGGAAAAUAUUCGAAUAUCAAGACCGUGGGAGGAAACAACUGAUACAAAAUAAUAGAUUGCAAUAAAAAAAAA